AUGUCAGCACAAGACCAGGAGCAUGGUUUGUUUAUGAGUCAGCUUGAUUGGUUUUAUGGAGUGGGUGAGGGUGUGAAUGUGCACGGGGUCAGCGCCAUGGAGGAGGGUCGGCUGGUGCGGGUAGGCCGCACGGCGGAGCAGCCAUCCUGUGGCGUGACUCCAAGCGGUUUCGUGUCACUCCUGUACCUUAUGAAUCCAAACGAUUGUGUGCUGUUCGAGUUCAUUUACCAGAACAAACGGACUUAUACUACUAUUGAUUCUGUAAACAAUCCAUCAGACCAUAUAGCUAUAAAGUGUGUUUUAGAUGUUACUAUUUCUUAUAAUGUGGAAAAUAUUGAGCAUGAGACCUUCGAGCGCAUAUACGGGUUACUAACGGAAUUGCGAGACUCUGGUGUUGGCUGCUACAUGGGUGGCACCUAUGCAGGAGCCUUCGGGUUUGCUGAUGACCUAAAAGGUCUAGCACCAAGUGUUUUUGCUCUCAAGAAGAUGAUAAGCAUCUGUGUAGAUUAUGCAUCGAGAUAUGACAUUGUCGUGUCGACGGGAGCCUCAGGAUGGGCUGGGGCACCUGCUGCUUCCACCAGUCGCAGCGCUCGUCGCUGGAUGCCAUCGAGCUCCCGGGAGGGACUCGGAUGCUUGCCCAUUGACAGCGACCUGGAGGGUCCUUCCUUGGAGGUAGUCGCCAAGGAGCUAAAGCAGGUCACCCUGGAUCCCCUUUGCCCUCAGCUUUUCCAGAAGGCCCCCAUGCCAGACCCUGUCGAAGGCGCCCUCUAUAUACAGGGCCACCACAACAGUGUCGAGGCCUAUGUCAAGGGCGUCCUGCGAGCCCCCGUUCCCGUGGUGGGCGUGGCAGGGGUCGUGGGAGGAAUGGCCGCCUUGCCCUGCGACGCCGCCCACCCUCCCAACGACGCUAUUGUCAUCCUGCUUUGGUUCCGGGAUCCUCUCACCACGCCCAUCUUCAGAAUGGACAGACGGACGCAGGGAAGGAGAGAAAUGAACAAGAAGAAGAAGAAGAAGGGCAACAAGAAGGAAGAGGAGACGGAGGACGAGGAAGAGGCUCUUAUGAACACUGACGAAGUCGAAGACGAGAACCUGGUGACGGUGGAUAGGCCACGUCUCUGGUGGGAUGACGGCAGGGUCGGCGACAGGGUGAGGCUGGAGGUGUCAGGGCCCAGGGUAGUGCUGCGUGUGAGUCGUCUCAGAGAGGAGGACAAGGGGCUGUACACGUGCAGGGUUGACUUCAGACACCAGCCCACCAAGACAACGAGAGUGAAUCUGACAGUGGUUGAGCCUCCGGAAAGAGUGGAAAUACAAGUGGAAGGGAAGGAGAGCCGCCUCGUGUCCCCCGGCCGCGCCUCCGUCACGCAGGUGGGGCCUUACCUAGAGGGGCAGACAGUGCGCCUCACCUGCAUCGCCCGGGGGGGAUCACCGCGCCCUCAGGUGUCGUGGCACUCGGGCACGCGCCUCCUGGACGCCAGCAUGGAGAGUGACGCCGAGGAGGUGGACGCCGAGAACACCACCACCUCCCCCGAGGCCGCCAACCUGUCCCUUGCCGCCGCCGCCAGGAGGACGCAGGAGCCGCCGCCGGAGCUUGAGGAGCCUCACAACGUCCUAACGCUGGGUCCCCUGCGGCGCCACCACCUCCAUCUGGUGCUGACUUGUGAGGCGUCCAACAACAACAUCACCUCACCCGUCUCGCUGGCAGUGGCCAUUGACAUGAGUCGUGAUGCCGCCCCUCAGCGUGAGCCUCAGCCAGGUCCCCGAGGCGCCCCUGGUGGCCGGCCGCCAAUACGCCGCCGAGUGCGAGGUGGUGGGGGCCCGUCCUCCCCCUGCCGUCACUUGGAGGAUAGGUCAGCGCCCCCCUCCCUCAGGCCGAGGUCACGGUCAGUACCAGUCACGACGCUGGAGGGAGGGAACAUCACAAGGAGUCGCCUGUUGUUCAUCCCGGGACGGAAGGACGAUGGGAGUGUCAUCAACUGCACUGCCUUCACCGCCUCCCCCAACACGACACUCUCCGCCUCUCACUACCUCGCCGUCCACUACCUCCCCUCUGCCUGGAGUAGCUUCGGUUCCUCCCUCGACUGGACUAACAUCAAGGAAGGCGACGACGUGUACUUCGAGUGUACCAUUGACGCCAACCCGCCCGUGACCAGGGUGACGUGGAAGCACAACGACGCCCCACUGGCACACAACGUCUCCGCGGGGAUCAUCGUCAGCAACCAGAGUCUCGUCCUGCAGAAGGUGGUGAGGGCGCAGGCGGGAAGGUACUCCUGCCUCGCCCACAACGCCGUCGGUACCUCAGCUUCCAACACGUUGCGCCUCGACGUGAAGUUCGCCCCAGUGUGCUCCCCCGGCCAGGUCACCACUUACGCAGUCGGGAAGUACGAGGACGCCGAAGUGACCUGCUCCGUGGACGCCAAUCCCACGCAGGAGUCCUAUCAGUGGACCUUCAACAACACGGCGGACACCAUUGACGUGCCUCAGGGUCGCUUCACUUCUCUCAGCAGUCACAGUGCCAUCACCUACACGCCGAUGACCUCCUUGGACUAUGGAACCCUCCUGUGCUGGGCCACCAACCCCAUUGGCACCCAGAAAGUCCCGUGCGUCUUCCACAUAGUGCCAGCCGGCAAGCCGGAGCCCCCUACUAACUGUACGGUGGUGGGGGGCGGGGCGAGUGAGGUGAGAGUGAGGUGCGAGGCGGGGGGCAGCGGGGGACUCUCUCAGCACUUCCUCCUGACUGCCACUCCGACCCACCUCUCCCACCCCCUCCUCCCCACCCCUCUCCCCGUCAACGUGACAGCCAUGGAGGAACCCGAGUUUCAGGUGGAGGGGCUGGCGGUUGGGGGCAGGUACCAGCUGAGAGUGCGGGCGGUGAACGAUAAGGGCGUGAGUGAGGCAGCUGUUCUCACCGUCAGUAGUCGCAGCACGAACGGCACUGUCUACCAGCUGUAUGACGGUCCCUCGGAGGCAGAAGUGCGGGACGGGGGCAAAAGUCCACACGGGGCGGAGAGCGAGGGCGGCGAGACACCAGACGACCCUCUAUUCGGAGCUCUGGAAGUCCCUUCAGUCCUCGCCGCCGCCCUGGGAGCAGGAUGCGGCCUCCUCCUCCUGGGAAGCCUCCUUAUCAUCCUACUCAUCGUCCGCGGCAGGAAGAGGAGGAGAAGGGAGGAGCCGGCGCAAACGACUCCUUCCCCAUCCUCCUCGUCCUCAUCGUCGUCCCUCGUGCCCGGCCGUUGCCUCUCUCUGGGCGCGAGGGGUGAGGCCAAGGGAAAGACGGCAGCCAAUAGGACGCUUCCGAGCAGGAGUGAGAGCACGGCGGCCAUGUUGAGUCCUGGACACCUAGAUAUGUGCCUGGAGCGGGACAUGCAGGUUGACCCGGAGAGUGACCUGGAGCCUGACGUGAUUCCCCUGAGGGAGUCCACGGGGGGCGGCGUUGGGGGCCCAGCCACUAUCCUGCCCCCCGAGGGAUACACCUGCCUGCCCCCCGCCUUCCACGCCCCUCAGACCCUAGCUGACCUAACCUACCCCGGCGUGGAUCCGCUCACUGCCCGCGCACGCCCCGGGACCUCCACAGGGAACGUACUACCCCUGCGGAACACCUCAUGCACACCUCUGGCUACCUCCACGACCUUCCGGCGGGCUCCAUAUCCUCCAUACCGCCCCCCAGGAGAACCCCUGCGCUCCCUCCGACCCUCUACCAGGACUUUGACACCCUUGAGCCCAGCCUGCCGCCGCCCGAUGACUUCUUGGACACUGACAGAAGGACGACGCCUCCGAGCAGACAAGAGAGCAGAGAUGAUGCCGAUACCCCGAGUACGCCGCUCCUCCGUCGGGGCGAAAGCUGUGUCUGAUGCCUGACGGAGAUACGAAUGUAAUGUGUCUGUGUUUCUGUGUCUGUGUGUGUGUGUGUGUGUGUGUGUGUGUGUGUGUGUGUGUGUGUGUGUGUUUGUGUUUGUGUUCGUGUGUGUGUGAGGAGAGACGAAAUCGCUCCGGAAUGUGGGCAUUAUAUUAAGUUUUCGUGUGUGUGUGUGUGUGUGUGUGUGUGUGUGUGUGUGUGUGUGUGUGUGUGUGUGUAUGUGUGUGUGUGUGUGUGUGUGUGUGUGUGUGUGUGUGUGUGUGUGUGUGUGUGUGUGUGUGUGCGCGCGCGCGCGCGCGCGCGUGUGCGUGUGUGUCGGUGAGAGAAAACACACAAACUGCAUUAAGAAAAGUGAUUAAUGGCGGCGGCUUGCAGUGCUCAAAGAUUGAAAGGAGAGAGAGAGAGAGAGAGAGAGAGAGAGAGAGAGAGAGAGAGAGAGAGAGAGAGUGUGUGUGUGUGUGUGUGUUAUUGGAUGAAUAAAUUAAUCAAUUGUAUUAAAUGAAUGAAUCAAUCACGUUUUUUAUCAUAACAAAAAAUAAUCACAAAAAAAUAACCAUUGCGACGACGAUAAAGACGAGGAGAAGAGCGACGAGGACGAGACGAAAAAAGAGGGAGAAGAAGAGAAGGAGGAAGACAAACAGUAACAAUGUCACUUCUUUUUACACGUUUCAGGAAUCCACUUUUUUGCCCUGUAUAAAUCAUUUGGUAGGUCAAUAAAACAUACCUUUGCGUACCUUUACCUGUCCACACUCCUCCUGCAGGUGACGAGGUAACCUAGACAUACCUGAGGACAAGAAGAGAGAGAGACACAGAGAACUGGAGAUGCAAAGGGAAAAGCGGAGAGACACUGAGAAUCAGAGGCAGGGAGAGGAAGUGAUGGAGAGGUGAUGCAAACAGACAGAUACGUAACAUCAACGUUCAAACUUGUUCAUCUCAUCAAUGGUUUCAAGCCACAACUUCAUUCCCGUCUUCCUAAUUGGCUGGUGACUCUGGCUUCCUGCUUUUAAUUGGUUGCUGCUACACACUCAACUCUCUCACCCCCGUCCCUGGUCUUCCCCUCCUCCUCCUCCCUGCCCGUACUGGUGGCUGGCUGGUUGGAGGUGAAUAGCUCUGCCACGUGUUGUCUUGGCACACUCAAGGUAACUGAGCUAUUGUUGCGUUGUAGUGUUGGCACCGUUGGCAGUGUCGUGAGUAGAGGCACUGUGUUGAAUAAACUGGGAGUUAUGAGCACACACAGACACACACACACACACACACACACACACACACACACACACACACACACACACACACACACACACACACACACACACACACACACACACACACACACACACACACACACACACACACACACACACACACA